AUGAAAAUAGGAAGGAAGUCAAGGACAAGAGCUGGAUCAAGGAAGAACAGAAGAAAUUUUAUUAACAGAAUUAGACAGAGAACAUCAAAGGGUUCUAAGUUCAAGCCUAAAGGUCCUGAUAUGGUUAGUAUAAAUUCUACUGUGAUAAAGGCAGAUAACUCUUAUGCAUUCACUCCAGCAGACGGAGUUCUUAAUUUCUAUCAAACUGCUACAAAGUUUGCUCAGAAGAGGAAGCUAAGAAGAGAAGGUCAUUCAACUCCUUUUAAAUAUGAGAAUAAGAACAAUAAGUCUUAUAACUACUCAAAUACUUCUACUAAAAGAUCUUUGAAAGGAGAAAGCUCUGCUUCUAAAGUUUCUAGUAGUCAGAGUAGAGAAAGAUUUGUAAAUUCUAAGUGUAAAUCUAAAAGUGUGCUCUUGAUGAGGGAGAAGACAAGGGAGUCUAUAAAUAGACUCCUAUUACCUGCUCGUAGCCCUUCAGAGCUUGAAUUGACUUCCCAGGAUACUGAGAUAAUAGACUCACAGAAUUUCAGUAAUCAACUAGAAAAUAUCUUCAUUAACCAUAAAAUAACUGAUUAUAUGCAUUUUGACUAUAUUUCUCACUGUGAUGAAAAUUAUGGCUUCAAGUCUUAUUUUCAAGCCGAGUAUAGCCACGAAGAGGUUGAUGGACUUCUGAAGAUCCAUACAUAUUUCGAGCAUUCUGCUGGUCACGUCCUUAAAGAGAAAGAUCUUCCUUUUAUACCAGUUGUUUUGGUAAUCAGUGGCAAGAUAGGAGUAUAUCAUUACCCAAAGGGGAAGAAAACUUUGCUUCGAGUGCUUCAGAGUAAAGAAAUUAUUGGUGAUUAUGAGCUUAACUUCAUCACAUCCAGGUCUGCACAGUACGAAGUAAUCAGCAAGGCAGAACUACUCAGAUUCCCUUAAGGAGGGGUAUGAAAGAGUGACCUUUAAUAGGGAAAGCCAGGCAAGAA